UACUCAACAAACUCGUAGCUGUAUCCCCCAAUGAAUCCUAUGUUCAUGACUCUGCUGCCAGCUUCCGAUUCUGACACCCCCUAGUCAGCGAGAGAAUGGGAGUACUUGGGAAGGAAACGGUCCGGCGAGGAUCGCUGUACCAAUUCGGCUCGGAAGCGGUGUCGCAAACCGUUCUCGAAACCCCGGAUUGAAGUUGCCCAACCUAGCGCGAAUCUGGUAUACAGUCAACUAUUGGAGUCCAAAUUGGGUGCUGAAAUUUCGGAACGGAGGAUCACAGCAAGAGAUCCCUUUAGUCCCACUGGGUGUCAGUGAGGAUCCGAAGCAGGGAGAGUGUCAUCGCUUGGUUGACAUGGUUCGUUCCGUGGAGCGAUAAUGUCUGCGAGGAGGACACCUUACUCCGAAAGAGAAAAAUCGUCCUGCAGCUAAAGUAAUGAUAAAUCGUGUGGCCCACCGCGUCCAGCUAGCGAAGCGCCUAGUGUGGAGUCGGGCAGUUUUCUAGUGGAACCGGCUUCUGUUGGCGUUUAUAUAAAGAGUGGAGCAUUUAAUGCGGUUUUUGUGCAACGGUGUGCAGCGAUCACUCAAUCUGCAUGUUUCCAAUAUAGCUACCUAGGUGUGAUGGGGUGCAGCGAUAAGUAGCAAGGCAGAUUGCUACCAUCAUACAGUCUGCGACACAAGGGAGCUACAGUGGUUGAAUGCAAGGAUAGAGUGGGGUUGCACACUUUUGGAGUGCGAGCUGGUCCAGUUGAAUCAAUCACCGGAGGUUGACCUGCUGUUGAUCGAUUUGGGUCACCGUGGAUUUCACGGCGAAGCCAGAAUUGUCGAGCGGCAAUACGCGUCUUCCGUAGCUUUUGUGUCGGUCAAGCGACUAGGACCAGAUUGAUUAGGUCUGUAAAGAGUAUUAGUGUUGAGAACGUUUGUGGAUUGCGUGUGCUGUUGCUGAGCGCACUUGACAUUUCUUGAAUUUGUAGUGUCGAAGGUGAAAUUGUAGCCGCUUGAAUUCCGAAGGCUUGUGAGCUAGCACGAAGCACAACGUUGAAUCUGUUUGUGAAGUUUGUAGUUGCGAUGGCGAGGAUAAGGUUUCAGCAAACUUUGAUAGUUCUGCUCAGUCUGGCGGCAUUUUUCCGGGUAGGAGACGCGGGAUGUCCUAUCGCUAGCCUAGGAAGGCGGUCAUUGAAGCAGGCACCUGUGCCAGCGCAACCGGCAUUGAUAUUCGGUUUCUACGACUUAACCUGUCCGACGCUGAAUUCUAUCAUCGACACGAGAAUGCGUUUCUGGGUGCUUCAGGAUAUUCGGACCCCGGGGAAGGUGCUGAGGCUCUUCUUCCACGACUGUUUUGCGGCUGGGUGCGAGGCUUCAAUAUUGCUGAAUUCCACUGCAGAAUUUGCAGCGGAGAAGGACGCACCGAUUUCCGUGACUUUAGACAAGUUCCAAGUCAUCGAGGAUAUCAAGAGCGAGGUGGAAACGGCGUGCCCUGGAAUCGUGUCCUGUGCCGACAUUCUGGCACUGGCAGCUGCCAAAGCUGUCGAACUGGCGGGUGGACCGAUAUUGGUGACGGAAACGGGGCGACGAGAUGGCGUGGUUUCGUAUCUAGCGGGUGCGACGGCUAGCAUGCCUCUAUCCACCCAAAAAAUUCCUGAUCUGGAGGCAAUGUUCGUGCAGGCGGGGCUGGAUAUAAAUGAUCUUGUGAUUCUCUCAGGUGCUCACACUAUUGGGGAGGUUCACUGCAGCAACUUCGCUGACCGUUUCGAUCCGGCAGCGAACAGCCCCUUCGGCGACGUAUCUUUUGGCCAGGAGCUUCUGGCUUUCUGCACCCGGAACGGCGCGGGCGAUAUCGCUACGUUGAAUCUCAAAACAUUCAUGGACUUGCAGACGCCCAACAGCUUCGACAUCUCGUACUAUGUGAACCUGAUCAUCGGACGCGGUGUGAUGACGUCGGAUCAAGUUCUGUUCAACGACCUGCGUACGCAGCCUAUGGUGAGGGAGUUCGCGGCCAACCGGACGCUGUUCUUCGAGAGCUUCCAGGCGUCCAUGCUCAAGAUGGGGCGGCUCCAUGUGCUCACCGGGACGAACGGCGUGAUCCGGAAGCAAUGCGGGGUGUACCCUUGAGUGGUCGGUGGGCCAUUUAGUGUACAAAAUGCACGAAGAGAUGUGUGUAGAGGUUUUGGCUGGAAUGAAUGUGCGAUGCACAAGGUUAGCAGCGAGCAUUCCGGAUUGUGGAGUGCGACAAUUUUGUUCUACGAUGUCCAUUUGAAUGGGGGUGAUUAGAAGUCACCCCUGUAACUGGUUGCUGCAAGUGUAAAGGAUAGGCCGAUUAGCGUUUACGUACAUUUUCAUAAAUUGAGGAAAUUCUUUUUACGAGCAAGGUUAUUAGAUCGAUCAACACUGUAGGAGUUGGUUCGUGAGUAGAGGUAUUCGACUUAGUGGUAAGGUUACCGAAUAAGGAAGAUUUGGCGCCUCUAUCUUUCAUGGCUUAUUAGUGUGACUUAUGAGUUGAAGGUAAGCAGCAUAUAAGGUCGAUGCUGGCGAAGCCGCCGGGACCAUAUUGUGAACUUAUUGCAUCAUUCUUGCGAAUGGCUGAAAUGAUGAAUUGAUGGAUUUUGUGACAA